AUUGAAUAUUGAAUGUACUUUAUGCGAAAAGAACUACUUUGAACUCUACAAUUCUUAAAUGCAGAAUCAGACGUUGACUACAAAUCAGUUAAAUAACCAAAUAAAACGUGGCUCAUAUUCAGCUUAUAAAGUUCAAACCAUACCACCUGGUCAGUCACAACAGCAACAGCAGCACCACCAACCUCAGCAGCAGCAACAGCAACAACAACAAGUUUGGCCAUCAUCAUUGCCACCUGGUUGGAAGCGUGAAGAAUGUAUGCGACCAAAUGGUUUAGGCACUGGGAAAUCAGAUGUUUACUACAUUAGUCCUCAAAAUCAAAUUGUUCGUAAUAAACAGGAAAUGCAAGCAAUUUUAGGCGAUAAAUAUGAUAUGAGUUUGUUUGACUGGCGGUUAGGGAAAUUCACACUAAAUCAUCGAUCCAAAAAAUCUGAAGAACAAGCAACAGACGCUUCCUUAGCGAAAGUCCCACGUCUAGACAAUCAGUACAGUUUUCCAGUGAGACGAUGUCCAUAUCCAAUAACAAAUGAAAUUAAACCUGUUAUUAUUCGUUCCCAUCCGGAAUGUAAGCGAACAGAUGUGAAAAAUGCAAAUGAGGAAACACCUCAGCAGUUAUUCUGGGAGAAACGAUUGGCUAAUCAUGUAGCUAUUGAUCCUGAAACUGGUGAACCAUUUAAACCAAUCUCUCUGCCUAGAGGGAUGCAAACUGCUGGAGUACCUGGUUAUCAAACUACACAAUUAGUUCAAAGUGUAAUUCAUGCUUUAUCAAGUAAAAAUACUCCAAUUAUUGGUCAAGAACAACAACCUUCAACCAUUGAGAAAAAUCCAUGUGUUACGGUGAAUCCCUUGCAACCGAUGAUUAAAACAUUCAUUGUAAGCGAUGAUGAUAUACGUAGACAGGAAGCACGUGUACAAGAAUUACGAAGGAAAUUGGAAACUGCUAGGCGUAAAUUAAAUCCAUUGGAAAUGAACCAUACCUGCUUGCCUGAAUCUUUGUAAGCUGAGUUGGGGUUCAAACCCGUCGCCUACCCACCCACCCACCCACCCAAUCACUCAUCCACUGGUUGGAAAUCGAGCGCCGAAAGCAAAUGAGCCACAGUUUCCUUGUAUACAUACCCAUAUAUUACCUACCACUUGUGUUUCUUUCCCUUUUUUGUUACUUCAGAGAUAUGAAAUUGAACGGCAGGGUUGACAAAUACAUAAGCUGUAGUAAAAUAUCAAUUUAUACUGUCGUUAUGUGUUUGUACUUUUCUGUUUUAUGCUUUUAUUGUAUUAUAGUUGUCUUGUUUAUUAUGUUUAUUUUUUAUGCCUAUUGUUCUUGCAAAAUUUUCUACUGCAUUUUAUUGUUUUUUUUCCUUUUUCAAAUACAUGUUAUUAUGUUAUCUUGUACAAAUAGAAUGGAAUGAUA